UGUGCAUACAAUCUACAAUCUACAAAUCGCCUCCCAUACUCUUAUAACAGCUAGACGUCCUCCGAACUUGAGCAACUCGCUAGUGUCAACUUCUACCGGGGCAUAAAUCUUACCCCUCCACACCGCGGGGUAAAUAACGCAGUACAGUCGUCAUGCCCUUCUCCCACCACAGCCACUCGGGCCAAUUCUGCCCCGGCCACGCCAAAGACUCGCUGGACGAAAUCAUCCAGCUCGCCAUCCAGAAGCGCUUCCACACCUUCUGUCUAACGGAGCACAUGCCACGACAUAAGGAAGACUUCUACCCUGAAGAGAUCGAAGCCCAAGACACCGAAGCAAGCCACCUGGCCAACGAAGCGGCCUACUUCACCGAAGCCACGCGCCUACGCACCAAAUACGGUUCCAACCUCCAGAUCCUCAUCGGCUUCGAGAUCGACUGGAUCCGGCAGCCCGGCUCGUUCGCGCUGAUCGAACAGAGCCUGGCCGCGCACCCGUUCGACUUCUUCAUGGGCUCGGUGCACCACACCCUCACCGUGCCCAUCGACUACGACCGCGCCAUGUACGAGGAGGCGCGCGCCCGCGCCGGCGGCACCGACGAGCAGCUGUUCGAGGCGUACUUCGACGAGCAGCUGGAGAUGCUCCGGCAGGUGCGGCCGCUCGUGGUCGGGCAUUUCGAUCUGAUCCGGUUGAAAAGCGACGCGCCGGACGGGUCGCUGGCGCGGUUCGAGGGCGUCUGGGCCAAGGUGCGGCGCAAUCUGCGUGCCGUGGCCGAGUAUGGCGGGUUGUUGGAGAUUAAUUCGGCGGCGUUGCGGAAGGGGAUGCGUGAGCCGUAUCCUAUGGGAGAAGUUUGUCGGGAAUUCCUCGCCCUCGGCGGCCGCUUCUGUCUCUCGGACGAUAGCCACGGACUGGACCAGGUAGGGCUGAACUAUCACCGCGUGCUCCCGUGGCUCGAGCAGGUGGGUAUCACGACACUGCAUUAUCUGGCGUUGAGUGAGGAAGGAGACAUGGUCGAUCCUCGAUUCCCUCGUACCCGCAUCUUGAGCAUGUCGGUGGCCGAGAUGAAGAGGUUGCCGUUUUGGGAGACCAGCUGAAGGAGCCUGUCUGCAGCCUGCAGCCCGUGAGGUGCGGUGCCCUGCUGUGCCCUGUCCUGCCCUGCCGCGGCCGCUGCAGCCCAGAUUAGGAUGUUUGGGUUUACUUUUUGACAGGUCGAACCUGCAUUGAUUGGAUGCUAAUGCAUGGGACAUGCGGGGGGCUUGAAAUGGGAG